UUUUACUACAAAUUUUUAAAAAUAUUAUUUGUUUAAAUUUCUAAAUUUUUUCAACAGUUGUAGAUUUUGAUUUAGUCCUAAAAGAUUUUCUCAAAAUUUGAUACUUACACCGGACUCUUGUUUCUGAUGCCUACAAUUUCUUUAUUUUCAUUAACCUGAUGUUAGUUGCAUCGCAUUCUUUUCAACCGCGUUAUAAUUUUCAAGAAUAAAAAAUGUUAUUUCAUACAUUUUCAUUCAUUGUAUUAAAACAAAUCAAUAUUUCAUACAUUGACAGAAAAAAUGAAAACGGUUACAAAAAGAUGCAGUCAAAAUGUUGAACUCUUUGCAAAGUAUUACUUCAAAUUUAACUCGUCAUCCUAGGUAAAUUUGAAAUUAGGACAGGUGAACACAUUUUUAAAUAGGCUAUAAAUGAAAAUAGAUGCGGUGUGAGUAAUGCAGAUUUGGACCAGCUUUCAGUCAUUCACGUUGCUGGCACAAAAGGAAAAGGAUCCACAUGUGUAUUUUGUGAACAAUUGUUGUUGUAUAAAGGUUAUCGCACUGGUUUAUUUACUUCUCCACAUUUAAUCUCUGUCAAGGAAAGAUUUAGAAUUAAUGGAGAAGUCAUUACUGAUGAUAAGUUUGUGAUUUAUUUUUGGAGUGUUUACAAUACACUAUUAUCAAAACGAGGUAAUAAAGAAGAAUUACCUGCUUAUUUUAUGUUUUUGACUGUCAUGGCAUUUAAAAUGUUUGUCGAUGAAAAAGUGGAUGUUGCAAUCAUAGAAACUGGAAUUGGUGGCGAAUAUGAUUGUACAAAUAUAUUAAGAAAAACAUCAAUUGUUGGAAUUUCAUCACUAGGAUUUGAUCACACAACUGUACUAGGAAAUACUUUACAAGAUAUUGCUUGGCAAAAAAGUGGAAUUAUGAAGCCAAAUUCUGUAACAAUUGUUGCUAAUGAUCAACCUAAAGAAACACAUAAAAUAUUAAUUGAACGUAGUGUAGAAAAACAGACAACAUUAUUGGAAGCUCCACCAUUCAACAAGUAUAAUUGGUGUAAAAAUACUUCAGAAUUAGGAGUUUUAAAUACAGCUCAAGAGAUAAAUGCUUCACUUGCUAUUCAACUUGCUAAUGCAUGGAUCAAUCGUAACAAUAAAUACGAUUGGUUAAAAAAAUGUAAUGUUGGGUUAAAUGGAAUGAAACAAGCUCCAAUUUGGGAAAUUAAUGAACAAGAUAAACAAGCAUUAAGAGAUGUUAAGUGGCUUGGUCGCAAUCAAGUUUUAAACGUAACACCCAAUUUAUCAUAUUUCUUGGAUGGAGCCCAUACAAUUGAAAGUAUUCAGUUAUGCAGUAAAUGGUACCAAAAUAUUUGUCCGAAGUCACAAUUGAAUAUUCAAAAUAUUUUAAUAUUCAAUGUAACGGCAUUAAGAGAUUACUGUACGUUUUUAAAAAUAAUAUUAACUGAAAACAAAAUAGAUUUAGUUUUGAUAUGUCCAAUAAUUACAUCAAUUGAUAAUCGCCGUCCAGAUACUGUUAAUUUGAAUUUCAAUUAUGAAGAAGAAUUAAUUAAAUGUUAUAAUAUGAAAAAUUCUAUAGAUUUUUGUGAUGUAAAAGUAUUUAAUUCUAUCCAAGAAACUAUCAAACAUGUUGAAAUGUGCAGUUCUUCUGAAAAAAAUACAAGCUAUCAAGUUUUAGUAACUGGCUCAUUGAAACUUGUUGGUGGAGUUUUAGAGGUCCUUCAAUCAUGACAUUUAUUUUGUAAACAGACCAAUUCUAUAGAAUAUUAGUUAUUAUUAAUGAUACAAAUUAAUAAUAUUCUAUUUAGUGUAACUAUUCAAUUAUUCAUGGGAAUACUUAAAUAUUUACUAUUCCAAGAGUUUUUAAUAUAUAGUUGUAUCUUAAUUAAUUUGAAAAUCAGUAACAGUUCUUUUUAUAAAUCAUGGUAAAUAAGAGGCUGUAAUAUAUUGCAUUUAAAAACUUGCACCAAAUCACAGACUAAGGUUACCGAAUUUUCCAAUUAAUUAACAUACUCUAACCUAUUUAGGUCUAUCUUUUUAUAUUAUAUUUAUCUAUUGUCUUGUGAAAUUGAUAUGGUUUAUAUAUAUUUCCAAUUAUAUCAAUUUAGAAAUGCUCAAGUAUAUUUUAACUUUUUGUUACCUAUUAAAAAUAAUUUUGAUCAAAAUUAUUGUAUUUUAAAAAAAAAAAUUGGUUCUUGUAAAUAUAAAUAUUUAAUUUGAAAUUUAAA